UUUUGACAAGUUUGCUUUUGGGAUCAGUUUGUCCAAAACGGUAAAAGAAGGAAUAGUAAGUUGAGCUACACACCUCAGGAUGCUUUAAUUUGCCCAUGGCAUACUAAAACCACUCCUUCGCAAAAUGACACAAAAAUGGACUUGUGGGUCACAUUUAGUUAUCGUGAGAGCAAUUUAUAGCACACUAUCCAUCUUAAAAUAGUAUUCAAAUUUAGGUCCCAAAUCAUAGUAUAUUGAAACAGGUAUCCAUAAAGUACCCAAAUGAUUUACUAUUUCUGGUGAAAAUUAGAAGUGCAGAUCCAUGUACACUGUAACAACUCAUAUUACCCACAGUUUAUUGUGAGUUGGAGAAAUUUAAUUACGUUUCACUAAAUUAAUAAAUAAUCAUAGUAAACAUUACACUGAAAUAAAGAAUAAAGAGAAGCUAAAAAAAAUCACUUUCAGUAAUUGCAUACUUUUUUGUUGCGUACUAAAAUCUAUAUGCUUCCCAAAACAAAAAAACUGUAGUUUUAGAGCACAGUGUAAUUUGGCGAACUGGUACUUGUUCUCAAACGAAAGGCUACAUCCUUCGGAAGUCGCAUUUGCAGGCUGCAUACCUCAUCAAACUCUUUCAGAAUAUUAACAACUAUAAACUUUAUUAUUAUACUUAAUUAAUCGUAAAUUGUUGUAAUAUGAUUUAUGACUUCCGAAUGUAAUGCUCAAUUAGCUGAAAUAAACCAGACUUGAUGAAGUAUGCAGCCUGCAUAUGCGACCUCCGGAGGAUGCAUCCUUCCGUUUGAGACACACUGGGGGCGUGGCCACACACUCCAGGGCGUGAUUUCUCUUGCUUCCGGGGCGUUUACGCUGAACUACGCGGAUCUCAAACAGGAAGUACCGCAAUAAAAUUGCAAGAUUGACAGAGUUCUGAGGACUUCAAUAGGGAGCGCUGAAAAUUAGAGGACCAUCAUGUCCUCUGACCUGCUGGUGGACUUUCAGGAUGACCUGGUAGGAGAUGACCCUCCUAGCCCUUCCUUGGACCAACUUAAACUGGUACAGAACAAACAAUGGCCACCAGAUGACCCUGUUAGCCUGAGCAAAUCUGCUUCAGACAUUAAAAAUCUUGGUGGUACCUCACAUCUGCCCUGGGACGACCCCUUUUAUGACAUCGCAAGACAUCAGAUUGUGGAGGUGGCAGGUGAUGAUCACUUUGGUCGGAAAGUCAUUGUUUUUAACGCUUGUCGCAUGCCUCCUCAACAUGAGCUGGAUCACCACAAAUUACUCAUGUAUUUGAAGCAGACUCUUGAUAAGUAUGUGGAGAGUGACUAUACGCUCAUCUACUUUCAUCACGGUCUGACCAGCGAGAACAAGCCCUCUCUUAACUGGAUUCGAGAUGCCUACCGAGAGUUUGACAGAAAGUAUAAGAAAAAUAUCAAGGCACUAUACAUCGUCCAUCCCACCAUGUUUAUCAAAACCAUCCUUAUUCUCUUCAAACCCAUCAUCAGCUUUAAGUUUGGCCGUAAAAUAAACUACAUCAAUUAUUUGAGUGAGCUGGAGGAGGUUGUGAAGUGUGAACAGCUGGUAAUCCCCAGAACAGUCAGAGAGUACGAUGAUAAGAUUCGUCUGUCUCUGAAGCCAUCAGCCGUCACUGAACUGGCCUCACCCACACUUAGUCCUUCCCUUCCUUUCCAACAAUUUGGGGUCCCUCUGGUGAUAUUGAGACAAAGGGGUGCAAACUCUGAAGGAAUUCCGCUAGUGAUGUUUCAGACUAUUGGAUUCCUGCAAGAGAAUGGUCUGCAGACAGAGGGAAUAUUCCGGCGUUCUGCAAAUGUUUUUCAGGUUAAGGAGGUUAAGCAGAAAUAUAACUCAGGGGAGGAAGUGAUUUUCUCUCAGGGUGAUGUCCACUUGGCAGCUGUGCUCCUAAAAACAUUCCUCCGAGAACUGCCAGAGCCGCUGCUCACCUACCAACUCUACAACGACAUUGUCAACUUCCACAAUGUUGACAGCCAGUCUCAGGCAGAAACAAUUCGAAACAUGCUGAUGUCACUAACUGAGGAGAGCUAUGCAUCACUGCGUUUCCUUGUCCAGUUCCUUGCUCAGGUAUCUGCUAACAGUGAUGUCAAUAAGAUGACCAAUCCCAACCUGGCUGUAGUGUUUGGGCCCAAUUUGCUCUGGGGGCAAGAUGCUGCCAUGACACUCAGCGCGAUCGGACCAAUCAACAAUUUCACACGCAUUCUGCUUGACCUCAAUCAAGAGAUUUUUACCAAGUGAAGAGCAGCGGAAGACUUUAACUCCACCCCAUUUGUUGCCUCUCUGUUGCCGUGCACCGUCCUCCUUGGUAUCUACCCUUUGUUGCCAAAUGCAUGAGUAUUUCAACUGUGUGAAGCUACACAGAAAGAAUAAUCGAGGGGCCAGAAUUAAUUUGAUUGAAAUGAAAAGACCUGUUGUUGGGCUUUCACAAAAGAUUAGGCUGUGACAAUCACUUCCUUUUCUCUUCCGCAGAAUCUUGUAGCUACUAUGGUACUGCCUAGGCAGAAUAAUUGUAUAGAGACUUAAAUCAGUGAACCAGCAAUGAAUACAUAAGCUGUUAUGUUCAUUUUGGAGCUUAUUUAGUUUUUGGAGUACAAUUUUCAUCAAAAUUAAAUGAAAUUUGUGAGCCUAGUUAACAACUAUGGGCCAGUUCGAAGCACUACUCAAACUUGAAACACUUAUUUUAAACACGUUUCUGUUUUAUUACGUACGGUCUAUGAUAUUAUGUAUUAUCUUAUUGAGCUUUCAUUCAACCUUCAUUUUUUUAAAUAUCAUAUAUAAUAUUUUUUUCUAUAAUCUAGUCACCUUCACUGCAUCACUCUUUUAUCUCAGUGGUUUAAGUAACAGAUACAGUAAGGCCAGCACAGGAUUUAUAUCCACAUAUUAUUUAUUACUUAAGGGGAAUGUUAAUUUAAGACAGAUAAUUAAAUAGGUUUUGGGGAGGGCUUUUUGGGAUUAGUUUUGAAAGCAUUUCAUAUCUUUAAAUAUGUUCUGGUUAAUUCAGUGUUUAUACAAAUAUCUUCUUUCUGAAUGUGUGUGUAGAUCUCUGUGUGUGUGGUCUGUUCAGUAAUGCUGUUGUAUUAUUUUACCCCAUAUAAGAUUAUAUGGUUUCUGACAUGUUGUACCUGUAAGAUGUACUGUCUGUCAUGAACAAUGCCAUUUAAGAAAAGGAAAACCGAAAACAUUUGCUGGUUUUUAUCUAUGAGACAUGUCAUAUGAGCGGGAACUCUCCAUUUGCUUCAGUUUAAUGAUAAAUGGAUAUAAUACUACGAAUUUUGCACAAAGUAGGCUUGUUUCGUAAAGCAGGUACCAAUAAGUGUCAUAUGAACUUGCUGUUAAAUUGUAAUUGUGUCAUGUAAACAUCCUGUUCAUGUCAGUACAUCUGAGCAUUGGCAUGUGGACCAGUGGCUUAAAUAGUUUUAGCAAAGCUCCGUCAAACCCACGUGUUUGUGUGCCUUACUGAAAUGAACUGGCGAUGAUGUUAGCUGUUUAAUCCCCCUUUUCUGGACAAAUCUGUAAACUUUGUGCCAUUUUGCUGUAUAUGUAUCAAAAUGCCUGGCUGUUUUUCUUUACUGUAAAUGUGUGUUUCUGGUUUCCAGGUGGAACUUUGCAUUACUUCUUUUGUGAAGUUUCUUUUCUUCCAGUUCGGCUGUUAAAUUGUAUUCCUUUGUUUUCGAAAUCUUUACUUUUGUACAUCGUUUUGUGAAUUCGAAGUAAAACUUGUAAGAGGUG